AAUAGUGUAGACGUGAUAUAGGAAGAUUCACAUUCAGGUUCUUAAUACCUUUUCCGUUAAAAAUAAUGGAUAUUACUGUUUUGUUUAAAGCAUGUGUAAAAUCUCUGAGAACUCGAAACAAAGCUUUGGGGUUAAAUGAAAAAGAUAAGUCAAUUUUAAGUUCCAGAAGGGCAAAAUCGGAGUUUGCUGUAAAAACGAAGGAAGUGCUUGUGACGAUAACAAAAAUGAAAGACUUCCUUUUAGAACAUCGAAAGGAUUACAUAAGCGUGAACCACACUUUGCAUGGUGUCUCCAACAUGAGUGAUGCUGAGCGUGACAAAAUUGACAGUGAAGCUCAAGCAUUCAUGCAGAUGUGUGUGGAAGUCAUUAAAACACUCAAUGCAGAAGUUAAGAAAACUGUUUUACCUCAAUUGAAGGAGCACCAAGAAGCUGUGAUAUCUUUGAUUAACCAAUAUUUAAAAGCUGUUUGUAAAAUCUACAGCGGACAGAAAGCAAUAAGGGUGAAGCAAGCUAUUGACAGACAAAAAAUGCUGAGGUUAGAAAGUGAUUUUAAAGAAAGAAAAAGUUCUGUUGGAGAAGACACGUUUCCUAAACCACUAGAAGUUGAAAACACAAAACCAUCUUCUGGUUCAGAGCUAGCUUUGGUAAAUGACUACGUAGCCACAGAACCUCAAGACUUGGACAUUUCUCCAGAAGAAUUUCAAAUGUUUGAAGAAGAAAACCAAAGAUUGUAUGAUGACAUGAAUACACUUGUUGAUGAAGUUCGAGAAAUAGAAGGAAAAGUGGUAGAGAUAGGAAAGUUGCAGCAAAUACUUUCUGAAAAGGUUCUUCAGCAGGAUCAAGACAUAAAUAGGAUAUCUGACACUGUUAUGGGCACAACAGAGAACAUUAAAGAAGGAAAUGAAGAAAUACGUGAAGCAAUGAAGAAAAAUGCCAGUUUCAGAGUGUGGAUUUUGUUUAUUCUAAUUGUGUUGUCCUUUUCCUUACUCUUUUUAGAUUGGUAUAGCCCUUAAGGAAGUAAAAAAUAUAUUUAAUUGUACAUAUAUUUAAUAAAAAAUAUAUAUUUUAUUUCCACAUGAAUGUG